GGUAUAUAUUGCAUCUGCAGCAAACGUCAUGGCUUUGACCGCAGAGCAGUUAUGGGCUGAUCUGGAGGCGUGCCUUUUUGGUUCUCUAGUAAACGAUGAGGCCACGCGACAUCAGGCGGAGAGCCGAAUGGCACAGCUAGAGACUAUGGAGGAGUAUGCCGUGGUAUUAGUGCGUGGGUGUGUACAUACAGGCAUCAAGCCGCAGACAAGACAACUAGCCUGCAUGGCGCUGAAGAAGUUUAUCAAGGAACACUGGUCUAGCGAUGAUGAUACUUUUAAAGGCCCCGAGUGCUCGGCCGAGGUCAAACAGUUGGUGCGCGCCUCACUACCCACUGGACUAUCGGAUCACGACAAGUCUGUACGCACAGCAGUCGCAUACACCACAUCUAAGAUCGCCUCUCACGACUGGCCUGAGCACUGGCCCACGCUAGUACCCGCCAUCCUAACAACCCUCAACAGUGGUGUGACCGGUAGUGAAUUAGGCCCCGCAUGCGAUGGUGCCGUGCGAGUGCUGGACGAACUAGUGAACGACUUUGACGCAGUAUAUCUGCCACAGCUGAUUGAAGCUCUACUGCCCAGUCUGUUUGCCCUCCUGUCACUGCCAGUCACCAAGGUAACAGAGUGCGCUGGGUUGUUUUUGAACAAAGCGUGA